AUGGAGGACCCAGUGACGCUCCGGUGCAGCGACUCCGAGGACAAGUCAUGGCAGCUUGAGCGACGCCAGGCAUGCUCAGUGUCGCCUUAUCUGGCUCGAAUUUUCAACCCAGAGAGCACUCAUGAAGCCGUCAUAUCUAAUACCAAACAUGAAGUCUUGGAGCUGUUCUGUGACUGGGCCAAGAACCCUACCACCCUCGUCGAUUCAAACGACAAUUCUCACAUGCAAGAACCGUGGCUAUCGAACACAGCAGCAGCGUGGCUACUGGGAGAAAGGUUGAAAGCUGAAGACUUCAAGAAGUACUGCAUGAGCGUGUUCAUAAAGAACUGCGCUUUCUCUCCAUUUGGGCCAUGGAAGGAGAUCGAGACUUACGCUAGGGAUGAGUCUCCCCUUGCACGCUUCAGCAAUCACUGGAUCGCGUGGAAUAUCAGCCUAUUAGAGCAUGUACCGCUAGAGUAUGCAGGGCUCAAGGCUGUAGACCUGGCCAAGUCUGUGACCCAAUAUACGGGAGACCCAAGAGAUCUUGAUAAAGGGCACUGGUACUCAAGUUGUGGCGAUCAGAUCGGCCUUUUGUGCAAGCAUCAUCCGAUUGCUAAACAGAAAACGGUGGACGAGACACAGACUUCGCAAGGACUUUCGGCGAUCAAUGGCGAACUAGACACGAAGUAA